GACGAUUGCACGUAAUAGUCCGAGUUUUGACCCGGAAGCGCUCUCGGUGGAUACACGUGUGGAAGAAGGAUGGUGAAGUCCAGACAAAUCGGAAACCACAAGAGUGACAAAAAGAAACACAUUGCAAAAACAUGGAAGACCAAGAGACGGACCAAGGACCUGGAUCAGAUCCACGCCGACAUGAAACCAGAGGUGGCAGCCAAACUGCUUAAACAAGAGGUGGACUACGACGUCACUGGAAAUGCCCAACACUACUGCCUGCACUGCGCGAGGUACUUUGUUGACUUGAGAUCCAUGAAAGAGCACUUCAAAAGUAAAGUCCACAAAAGAAGAUUGAAACAGCUGAGUGAAGAGCCAUACACCCAGGCAGAAGCAGAAAGAGCAGCUGGAAUGGGGUCUUAUAUACCUCCCAAAAAAAUAGAAGUGAAGACACAACCUGUUGAAGAAAACAUGGACUGAUUUGUAAACAUGGUCUAAAUCAUCAAAUGAGCAGAUAAUCCAGUCUAUUAUAUGUGUGGUGCUAAAGUGCACUCACUAUGUUAGAAUCUCUGCCACCACUCACUCUCUUCCUCUGAGUGAGUCAUUGCUUCUUGGCACAUUAAGCUUUUCAUGAGACCCACAUACUGAGUGUCUGGAAUAUACAAUACCAAGAAAACCAAGAAAAUGUUACUUGAUUAUGAUUCUGUAAUCUGAGAGGGCAGGAUUUGCGACCUGUAGUUAAAAUGCAAUAUUACCAAAAUUAAAAUAUUUAAAGUUAUUGCCUUGCUACCCAGGAGUCACUUGAGUGAAUUAUUUGCAGGAGCAAUAUCAGAUUUUCAUUUUUUCAAUUAUGCAACAGAUUCAAAAUAAACCUUUUGUGGAAAUGUCA